AUGGCCACUAUGAUGGAUUUUUACAGCAACACAGAGUUUCAACUUCACUCAGAUCCGUUCAGGGGUGAACUAAUGGAAGUUCUUGAACCUUUUAUGAAAAGUCCUUCCUCAACCCCCUCUUUUUCUUCUUCACCUUCGGACUCCUCUUUCCCUUCUACUUCUUACUCUCCUUCUCCCAACUACCUUCCUUUCUCACCUUCCCUCCCUAACUUUUACUCAAACAACUGCUCUACAUCGAUGACCCGCGUAUUUGCCGACGGGUUGUCCUUAUCCAACACCCAAAACAUCAUAGGCUUCGGGCAGGGGCAACCAACGUCUCUUCUCGGCCUAAACCACCUAACCCCCUCUCAGAUCUCUCAGAUCCAGGCCCAAAUCCAGAUCCAAAGCCAGCAGCAGCAGAAUCACAACACCCUUAGCUUUCUCGGGCCCAAGCCCAUCCCCAUGAAGCACGUGGGCAUGCCUCCGAAGCACACGAAGCUGUACCGAGGGGUGCGGCAGAGGCACUGGGGGAAGUGGGUUGCUGAGAUCAGACUCCCCAAGAACCGGACUAGGCUCUGGCUGGGAACCUUCGACACCGCCGAAGAAGCCGCUCUGGCGUACGACAAGGCCGCGUACAAACUCCGAGGUGACUUCGCUAGGCUGAACUUUCCCAACCUCCGCCACCAGGGUUCCUCCGUUGGCGGAGAAUUUGGGGAGUACAAGCCGCUCCAUUCCUCUGUGGACGCCAAGCUUCAGGCCAUAUGCGAAGGCCUGGCUGAGUCGCAGAAACAGGGAAAGACCGAGAAGCCUCAGGGUUCGUCCAAGAGGUCGCGAUCUAAAGUCGCUCCUCCGCCAGAGAAGGCUGAUUCCGACAAGGGUUCGGACGACUACACCAAUAACAACUCUUGCAAGGUGGAAGCUUCCUCGGUCUCCGUCAUAACGGAGAGCGAGGGGUCUGAAGGAUCUUCGCCUCUCUCGGAUCUGACAUUCGCUGACAUUAGCGAGCCACAGUGGAAAGGUGAUUCGGAUAAUUUUAAUCUCCAGAAGUACCCCUCUUAUGAGAUCGACUGGGAUUCUCUGUGA